AUGUCUUCCGACAUUCUAAUGGCUGAUGCUGGUCCAUCACAGCCUCAAGAUGUGCAUAUGAUCGAUCCUGACGCACCAAUUGCAACAAUACCCAUUCACCUGAGCAAUCGCCUGGCGCCCAACUUGUCGAUUCACCAAUUCCCACUGCUGACGCAACUCCGAGUGCCUGCAUCUGCAGAGGCAGCCGGACGGAAGAUAAAAGCUCGUCAUAAACCUAAAUCAGGGAUUGUCGAGGUUCGCCUACCUUUGGACACGCGCGAGGAAGUGUACAACGAGGAGAGGGGGAACGAAUUGGGCCUGGGAAGGGAGGAAGAAGAGGCAGAAAGCUCUGCGUCGGGCAUCAGGCGGAAGAAGAAAUCUCGCUCGGAUGAAGAAAUCCACAAGCGGCUGGAUGAGGUUCGACUUGUCUCUCAGAGCGUAAAGGGCGCCAAACCACGGACGACGAACAUGGUCGGCGUCUUACGGGAUAAUACCCUCUACCUGCAUCCAUUAGAACACACUUAUCAGCUGCGGCCAUCCCUUGACUACUUGGACGUGCUCGCUGCAAGGGACAAGGAAUCGAGAAAGAAAGAUUAUGACGAUGAUGAUGAAGAGGAAGGAAAAGACGGUGGCGGUCGAGGAAAGCCGCGCGAUGUCAGAGAGGUCAUUGGGACGGUCAAAGCCCCAGGAUCGGAUAAAGAUGGGUUGGGUGGUACCUCGGGGGUACGUAAAGAGAUGCUUAUGUUGAUGAGAGACGAAAAGGAGGAGAAGUGGCACGACCUGGAAUGGAACGACUCUAACACUGAACGAGCAAACGAGAUAUACGAAACACUCUUCCCUAAUACCCAACAUGUGCUUAAGUCUGCGAGCAAGCUUGGUGACGUGUUGACUUCCAUACAUGGACUGUCUGAACCAAGUGCAGCUUCAUAG